UGCGUUAAGGGCGUCCAUUCGUCGAUGGGCGAGCGCGUCCCGACGUGUACGCGGCAUUCCGGGCCAGUAUCCAACGGGUGUCGUUAGUCGGCAGAGAGCGACCCCCGUCGACCCGUUAGAGGAGGAGGGAUGCUGUGUAUACAUAUCAGAGGAGCCGUACCGUCAGCAUCGAGUUAUCGGGGCGAACAGCGGCAGGUGUUCAUCAUCGGGAAGUAGGAGCAAAGCUCGGAGCUUGCGGCGGCGGUGAGACUGGCUCGGUUGGCGGCUCUUCGGGUGAUGGAUUCAAGGCAGGGCAUGCCUCGGAUCGAUUGGCAAACAGCCGGACGCGAAGAUAACCUCCCUUAGCGUGGCCCUGCAACGAGAAGUCUGAAGUUGGCUGAUACCGUUUGACCGGGGAUCGAAUACCUCACGAAUCACCCCCCAAACAUCGGCCGGAGAGUGACACCUGCACCUGCAAAGUGGUUUCGAUGAAUUUUCCUCAACCAUUCGACCUCGCUCGUGGCAAAACCUCACGGCUUCCACUCAACCCCGAUAGCACUGUUCCACUUUGUUACACGCGAGGAUUAUCGUUCCAACGGUGCAGGUGGUGGUCACGACGGCGAACCGCCUUGUCGUAAUCAUGAAAAUCGUUCGGGGUGUUCGAGGGUUGUCCUGGUAUCCAUGCGGAUCAGUUUCGAAGGGUGAUCCAACGUGCUCCAAGGAUUAGCCCCAAAAGCGAUACCGAGGAAGGUUGCGAAUGACUCGUAAAUCAUCCAAUGACCUCUUACUUCUUCGGUGUUUCGAGUGACGUUCUUCGCCUCUUCUCCUCCCUUUCUCACCGUUCAACACUCUCGAGAUGCUCAAACCUUGCACUUGCUGACAAUAAGACCAAUCCGGGUUCUCUUACCGAUCUCUCGAGAUGAUCGUGUCCGAAUUGAGAUGAUUCUGUCGGAGUUGGAGGAGAACUAAGACAUGCCAAUUGAAUGUUUUCGCGAGUGACGUAACCGACCGCGCUUCGAUCAUCUUGCCUCGAGUAGCAAGUGACUGUAAUGGUUCGUGGUGUGAAGUUACACGGUUCGAUUAAAACGUGCAGUGCGGAUCCGAUGCAGGUCGCUUUGGUUAACCGUAGGAACAUUGCCGCAUAGGGAAACCCUCGUGCGAGUGUCCGAAUUGACAAACAGUCACGAAAGCACCCCUUGACCCAGUUAAAGCCGAGAGCCCCUUUUGAGGUGGUCCUGUAACAACCGAGAACACUGCGAUUCGCACCAGUCGAUGUAUAUGAUGAAUUCUCAUACGAGAUUGAUAGUCGCCAUUGGCAUGUUGUGCGCUAGUGUGUUCGACGACGCGUUAUCCUUCGUCCUCGAAGGUACAUCGACCAGCUACGCUCAGUUCCGAAAGUGGAACGCCGGUCUGAACGGCACCCUGGAGUUCGAGUUCAAGACGGAUCAGGGAAGCGGACUCCUCCUCUACACCGACGACGGUGGAACCUACGACUUCUUCGAGAUAAAGCUCGUCGAAAGCGCGCUCAGACUGAGAUACAACCUCGGUGGUGGUGCGCAGAUCGUGACCGUUGGUCGGGACCUGGGCGAUGGUCACUGGCACAAGGUCCAGGUGACCCGUGACAACGAGAAUACAACCCUUAACGUUGAUGGGACCAGUGCGACGUCCACGUCUCGCGGCAAGGAGUUCGAGUUUGGAAAGCUCAACGGCAACUCCGACGUCUAUGUCGGCGGAAUGCCCAGCUGGUACAACAGCAAACUCACCCUACUGGCGCUUCCCAGUGUCAUUUUUGAACCAAGGUUCAACGGGAUUAUACGGAACCUCGUUUACGCCGAUGGCGAGACGAUCAUGUCCAGGAGGCAGGAGAUGAAGAGUCGGGACGCCAAGUGUACAGGAUAUCCGUGCGUAGAGAGCAUCAGCAGUAAACGAAAACCUCCGAGGAGCUUGCGGAGCAUGAUCGUGACGAACGUAACGGACGCGUGCGAGGUUCACGAUCCGUGUCAACACGGUGGGAUUUGUAUUUCAACGGACAGCGGGCCGAUCUGCGAGUGUCGGACAGGAGACUACGAGGGUGUCUACUGCGAAAAAGAGGCAUGGAGCACUGUGCUACCGACAGCUGGCACUGACGAAUUCUGGGAGUGGGAUUACAACAAAGCACCUUCAGAAGCAACUUUCAAAGGCACGGAGUACCUAACGAUAGAUCUGAGCAAGGCUGAACCAGUUAUGAGUACUCAGGAGUCGAUCAGUAUUUACUUCAAGACAAGACAGCCCAACGGACUCUUAUUCUAUUCCGGCGAAGCAGGUGACUAUCUCACGAUAUCGCUAAAGGAUGGAGGCGCUGCGGUUGGCAUGACAUUAGCUAAUGGCAGGCUGGAUCUUCACAUCAAACCCGCGAGGGUCAGAUUCGACGAUAAUCAGUGGCACAGAAUCGUCGUACAUAGGCGAGUUCAAGAGAUUUCAACGAUUACCAGCUUCUGUCGUCUUUCCGCAGUGGUUGACGGAGUUUUUGCUGAUCACGGACACACCGCCGGAUCUUUUUCGCGUUUGGCCAGUGAUCGGCUCUUCGUUGGCGGAGGAGCGGAUGCCAGGUCUCUUCACGGUGCCAAAGGCAUCAACAACUUCGUCGGCUGUCUACGAAAGGUCGAAAUUGCAGCCGAAGGUGUAAGGAUGGAACUAAUCGAAGCUGCGAAAAGCGGUGCGGCCGGUGCAGCGGCAUGGGGUCGAAUAGAAUUUCACUGUCAGGAGCCAAAAGCUUCCGAUCCAGUCACCUUCACUACCAGAGACUCUCACCUCAAGGCCUCGCCGGUCAGCAGCAGGCGACUUCACGGAGCCUUGGUCACCUUCACCAGCCCAGAGUCCCACCUGGUUCUACCGCCGUGGAAAGCUGCCAAAUCCGGAAGCAUAUCGUUCAAAAUUCGAACUAACGAACCUAACGGUCUCGUUAUGUACAGUAAAAGCGGAGGACACACGAGGCCGGAUUUGUUCGCCUUUGAAAUACUCGGCGGUCAUUUGUACCUGCAUGCGGAUCUUGGCAGUGGUCCCAUCAAAGUAAGAGCGUCGCGACGCCGCGUCGAUGACAGUGCGUGGCAUGACGUCGCCCUACGUCGGGUGGAACGUGACGGUCGGUUGACUGUCGACGGAGUAACAACCGAGUUCCGAACGCCAGGGGAUUCGACGCAGCUCGAUCUCGACAGUUUGUUGUACAUCGGAGGCGUCGGGGCGCCUUUUGCACCUUUGACUAUACCGCCGGUUUUGUGGAGCGGUUCUCUGAGACAAGGCUACGUUGGCUGUCUGAGGGAUCUUGUGAUCAACGGUAAUCCGGUUGACAUAGCCGGAUACGCGCAGCAGCAAGAUUCGGGCGCUGUGAGACCUGCUUGCCACGUUCAAUCGCCACACUGCGCAUCGGAACCCUGCAUGCACGGUGGUCAUUGCUUGGAGGGAUGGAACAGAUUUCACUGUGAUUGUACGGGGACACCGUUCACCGGACCAACUUGCGGCAAGGACGCAUCGACCCUCCAUCUAAAUGGUACCCAGCAGAUGACCGCUCUGAUGCCUGAGGAUUCGAGAACUCAGGCGGAAGAAGUCGUGGUUCGUUUUAAAACGGCAAAAUCUCGAGGCUUGCUGAUAGCAACCAGUCUUGAGAACAGUUCUGAUCGUCUUCAGCUUUCCUUGGAGGAAGGCAAGGCCAAGAUGCUCAUUCACAUAGGGGAUCGCGAAAAGGUUGUCAUGGUCGGUCAAGGGCUGAACGACGAUACUUGGCACACUUUGAAAUUCUCGAGAAGAGCUACCUCGUUAAAGCUCCAGGUCAACGACGAGCCCGCAGUGCGUGCCGAGACACUUCUUGGAAAGCAGAGCAUCCUUGAAUUUCGAACUCUACACGUUGGUGGAUACCUUCACGCCGAACACGACACUCCGCACUUUGUCGGGCAACUCCAACAAGUCUGGUUCAACGGUUAUCCUUAUCUCGAAAUUGCCCGGAGCGCCGGAUCUCAUCAAGGCUCUCAUCAAGGAGUGACUCCGAUUAUAAGGGUGACGGGGAAAUUUGGAAAGCGAAAUCAUCCGGUCCACCAUCCCGUCACCUUCACUUCGAAACACACGUUCGUUGGGCUUCCAGUCCUCAAGGCUUACGUGGAGACCAACGUCUACUUCCAGUUCAAAACACGCGAGGCGAACGGACUUCUUCUUUACAACGCGGGUCGGGAGCGUGACUUCGUCGCCAUCGAGCUGGUCAACGGUCACGUGCACUACGUUUUUGAUCUGGGAGACGGGCCCGUUCGCAUAAAGGACACUUCUAGGUCUCGAUUGAACGACGGCAAAUGGCACGCGGUCAGCAUCGCUCGUCCAGCACCAAAGAGACACACUCUGGCCGUCGACGACCACGUUGCCGCGGUCAACAGCCCCGGUAGCAACGAGAACUUGGACUUGGAUGGGAUACUCUACAUAGGUGGCGUUGAAAAAUCACAGUACGGUCAGCUACCAAAGAACAUCCUUAGUCGCCACGGUUUCGAAGGAUGCCUCGCCUCUCUUGACCUCAGCGGCGAGAGUCCUGAUCUUCUGUCCGAUGCCGUGGUUCCCAGUUCUCUGGUCGAGUCAGGUUGCGACGCGCCGAAUUCACAUCCGGGGAAAAGAUGCACCCAUGACGUUUGCGCCAAUCAUGGUACCUGUGUUCAACAAUGGAACAGCUACACCUGCGAUUGCGAUAUGACCAGCUUUACGGGACCGACGUGCAGCGACGAAGCAACCGCCUACGAAUUUGGAGCGGGACGUGGACUCAUUACGUACACAUUCCCCGCUGAUCGAAGACCGGAAAUGAAGAGAGACAUGAUUGCUAUGGGCUUUGCGACCGGGAUUAGUGACGCCGUUCUCAUGCGGAUUGAAUCAGCUUCGAGCAACGAUUACCUGGAAAUUGAAAUUGUCGAAGGAAACGUGUUUGCAGUUUACAACAUGGGGACCAACGAUCAUCCGAUCGGCGAAGUUGGUGUAAAAGUUAACGACAACCAGUAUCAUGUUGUCAGAUUAUCGAGGAGCGGACCAAACAGCACCUUGCAAGUUGACGAUUACAAUUUGCAGUCAAAUCAUCCGUCUGGUCAUCAACUGACCGUGUUCAACAGCCAAGCUACCAUUCAAAUCGGCGGCCGAUGGAACCGGAGCAAAAAUCGAGUUGAACGACCGUUUCUGGGGGUAGUUUCCGGAGUAGUUGUAAACGGUGCUCGAAUCCUGGAUCUAACCGCUGCCAGGGACCCGAGAACCUCGACCAGGGGAGACGUGCAAUUAUUACCAACCGGAAGUCUUUUGGACAGAGCUGCACCCUUGCAAAGGAUGCAACAGACUCCAGCAUCCGGAUUACCGGGUGUCGUUGACGAUCUGAUUUUCUCCGGAGCCGGAAGCGGAUGCGCUGGUGACGACGAGGACGAGGAAUGUUCACCGAUAUUAGAAUCUGGUUCUGGUAAGUACGAUCUGAUAACGCCGGUUUACGUAGCACCAACAAGGUCACCUGCGGUAACUCCGAGGCCGAAAGGCCCCAAUAAAGAGAGUCCCGAACGGCCGUCUUGCGACGAUGAAGAAGACUGCUACGACGGUUCGGGUGGAGAUCCUCUCACAACCGAAGAGAUAUUCGUCACUGCAGCAACUGAUCCGAGCGCCGGUUCGUACACGACGCUACGUGCCAGUCCCACCAGCCAGUCGACGACGCAGACGCUGCCGGGGUCGCCGUCGACGCCGUCUAGGGGUGGGACGGACCUCGUCUCGACGCAAUACGCUGGCACGACACAAUUCAACGCCACUUCACCCGGUGCUGACUCCAGCCAUGACAGCACCGUGACCCAUAGAGUAACCAGCUCGACCGGAACACCCUCGCAGACGACGUCGACAACGGGAAUGAUGGAACCGCCGCCGCCGCCGCCGCCCCCGAUUUACACGCCGAUUUCAACGCAACGUCCGGGUCCCGGGAAGGAAAUAAGGAUAACCUCGGAGGCGGCGGAGAACGCGGCACUGAUAAUCGGUAUAAUAGCCGGAGCGCUGAUCGCUAUAGUGCUGAUAAUACUGAUAAUACUGAAGUUCAAAAACCGGCCGGAAGCUAGCUACAAGAUCGACGAGAGCAAGAACUUUUGCCAGGAUCCGAACGCCGCGCUUUUGGGCUCGGCUGCGGGCGCGGGGCAGCCUUUUAACGGAGCUUUAAAAAACGGUGCGAGUGUUAGUAAAAAUGUUAGGAAACAGGAACUAAAGGACAUAAAGGAAUGGUACGUCUAAGGACUCCGCGUAAGAAGAUGGCUGAUUCGCUCGCGGCUUAAGAUACUCGGGCAACUUUACCCGGGUCCAAUUUCAACCCCCAUGCAUCCAUGCAUCGGACAAUCUCGUGAGUGCUGCUCGAGAUUCUCACCGCGCAUACGUUCCUGAUAUGAAAUGCCUGCGCGGUGAUGCAUAUUUGGCACGUGGCUCUCGGUUACGUUGUUAUUAUCGUUACCAGGAUCAAACGAGAAACAAAGGACCCGAAAUAAAAUUAAUUGGGACAAAAAUAACACUAGUAAAAAAUAGGAAAAAAAAUUAAAAAAAAAAUAACCCGAUCGAAAAUAACGUACACAAAAAUAACCCAAGACAAAAAUGACAUGCACAAAAAUAACCCAUGGCUAGAAAAGAAAGAAACAAAGAAAAAAAAAAAACAACCCACGCAAAAAUAACACACGUAAAUUUAAUUUCUUUAGAUUAGAUUUAAUAUAAUUUAACGUUUAUUUUGCCAUGGGUUAUUUUUACACAGGUUAUUAAGGUCGUUACCAUUGUUAUCUUACCUAAACGAAAUUUUCUACCACAUUUAGGUUCAAUUUCAAGGACAUUAAUGCGACUUCGUAGGCGGCAACGAAAUAACAAUCAGACCUUAUACUUUUGCUUUGUUGUUGCUACGUGAAAAUAGGUGAGUAAAAAAAAUUAAACACGACCCUCGAACACUUUUCCUUAUGCAUAUCGUCUGAGGCAAAAUUUUUUUGCGUCAAUUGUUUCUCGACACUGUUUUAAGAGUAUUUUCUACACUUUCACACUAGUUAACGGAUGAUACAGGGUGUUUCGUUAGAACUUAAUCCGCAAUCACGCAGCUUGAAGAGAGCUUGUACCUUGAUGAAUUAUUACAUUUACAACAGGUAUCGGGCAAUAUCAAUUUUUAUCAAUUUUGCUGAAAAUCUUGGAAUUUUCGGUCGAAUGUUUUUUCAAUGUUUUUCCUGACAGGUCUUUCGAUUCGAAAAACUAUUGCCGCGGAAAUUUUUACGCUCUGAUAUUAUGCCGCGGUUUAGCUGAUUAUCAAUCUAGUAACGUCACUAAUUCUAUCACUAAUCAUUACGGAGAGGUCCUUUUAUCGUAUGCUGAUAAACAUCAAGUUUUCGAUAUCGCAAAAAAAAAAAAAACACUGCAAUUAUGAAUUUACUUCUUACUAUUUUUUAUGCUCACUCGAUCGACUAUUGUAAAGAAAGUUGUAAAAUUUUAAAUGACAGUUUAUAGUAUACUUCGGUUCUUUAAAAAAACAUUUCGUUAUAAAAAAAAUAUACAAAUUGAAUGGUUUCUACUUAGACUCGUAUUAUUCAUAAAUCCAUACUACACGUGACGUUGAAAAAUUCUUUUUGCAUAUUCCGAAUACCAGAUCAGUAUUAAAUUUAUAAAUUUGACGAAAAAUUUUCAAAAUUUCGUUUUACCAAACUAUCGCAAUUUUAUUCUUUUUUUUUCAACGUCAUCGAUGUUUAUUUUUGUUUUUUUCUUUAUUCAAAGGAUACAAAAAAAUCGCUAAUCACCUUCGCUUCAUUUUUCUUCCAUACAAACACCGUGUUCGAAAAUAAUACCUACGUUUCUCUUUCCUUCGCAGCGCGUACGAUUAUCUCACAUCCUACAAAAAUCCCAUCUACCUUAUCACCUACUUUUUACAUACGUACAUUUAUAACACGUGUAACAAACCCGCGAUCGAAAACGUGCAGCCAUCUUCUUAAACGAGAAAACGAAGCGAGCCAAGACUGAUUGUGUUAAAUAAAGAGAAAAAAAAAGAAAAAAAAAAACUGAAAAUAUGCAAAAUUGCUCCCGCACUACCCAAAUGCUUAAAAAAAAAAAAUAAAUCGAAAAAAACGGAAAAAAAAACAACAACAACCUUACAAGACGGUGGGCGAAAAUUAUCGGAUAUGUGAGUGAGACAGCGAGCAUCUGUGCGAGUGUCUGUGUCUAUGUGUCUGUGUGUGUGUGUCGAGUUUUUGUCUACUGGACGAUGAGACGCGUUGAAGCGUGUGCGCUAGAAAUAAUGUUUAAAACAAUAUGCGUGUGGGACAGAGUUUUUUCGAUAAAUAUUUUUGGGAGCCUGCGAACUUACGCAGUUCGUUGUGUUUCAAAUGCAUGUGUGAUUAAUUAUUGUUUGUUUUGAAUUGCAUACAUUCAGCAACGAGAUGCAUCAAAUAUACAUUAUACAUAUAUAAUAGGAACAAAUUUUAGAAAAUUUUUUAGAAGAUUCGCGUGAGGCGUGUGUCUGUUUGUGCAUAAACGAGCACAGGCUCAACGGUUUUACGCUUGUGUAGGUAUAUGAUGAAGAUAAAAAAAAAAAGAAAACCAAAAAAAAAAAAACUCAUCAUUAGUGUAUAUACGCAGGUUCCCUCUGUUAUAUAUCGUAUAAAUAAUUUGACAUGUAUACUGGCGUAACGACAUAUGUAUACUGUGGUAUAUGAUUUAAAUAACAUAUAUGUAUACAUAUACAUAUGCAUAUAAAGAUGAUAUAGUAAUAAUAAUUACACGCUCCUAAAAAAAUUGUGUAUAAUAAAUAAGGAUAUAGUGAAAUUAUGUAUUUGUUGUAGAAAAUUAAUAAUAAAUUAUGAAUACCAGACGCGAUUUUAGUUUUAGCAAUUCAAUCCGCUUAUGUAUAAUUAAUCCAAACCAUACUUUUUCUCGGUACAGGUUAUUAGAUUAUAUUUUUCUUGAUUUUUGAACGGUCCAAUUUACGCAUUAUAAUAAUUAAUUACGUUAUUGUACGUAUUACGUUAAGUAGAAAAUGCUAAAACUAAGACGAACAAGCCGAGCGUUUAUUGGAUAUAGGAUUAAUUUGUUACGCAUAGUCGUUAUAAAUAUAAAAUAAUAAUAAUUAUAAUUAUUGUUGUAUAGAAAAAUGUAUGUUUGUAUAUCUAUACUUAUAUUCGUCUAUGCAUAUAUUUGUAUAAACAUAUACGUAUAGAUAUAGUGCAUAUAAUAUUCGAUUGUGUUAUACGUGUAAAUUGUUUACCAAAUUUAUCGAUUUUAAUAAUAAAAUCAGCAUUACGAGUAUAUUAUGUAAUAAUAGAGAGAGAGAGUGAGAGAGAGAGAGUAAAACAUUAAGAAAAAUGAUCGACAAAGUAAUGAUAAAUUAAUGAAUAAAAAUUAAAAGAAUUAAAAACGAUACGAACUUGAGAAAUUCAGGAAUAAAUAGAGGUGAUUAAAAUACAACAGCAUCCGAAAUGCUUGAUUCGAACCUAUGUACGCAGAGUGUAAAUCCAGUAUUGCCAAUAUACCGAAAGAAAAUUGUAUAAUGUCCGACAGGGUUGACUGAUCGUGUUACAAAAGAGUAAGUUGAUUACGUUUCAUUACCCAAAGUCGCAUUAAUUCCGGAAUGAAGUUGAAAAACUACAGUGGGCUGAUUUCUUUUCAUUUCAAACGGCGCGCAAUGUACUUGGAAAAUUCAUCGUCACAAGUCGCAGCUGUUGAGGUGUUUGAAUUAAUAAAUUAACCUGCUUUGUGUACGGUCCAUUCCACGCCAAAUUAGCAGCCCCGUUUACCACACAUCCUUCGAUUUUUAUGAUUUUUGAAGUGACGGUGCAGUAAAUAUUGAGAUCCCAUUAUCGUGCGGUGUUCAAAGAUCGCUCGCCAAAAUCUCAGCCCACAUCGACGAAACAAUACAGCCAAAUAAAUCUGCUCACUAAUUACCACCCCGAUUAAUAUUCAACAGUGGUAAGAAUUUUUAUUUAUUCAUUUAUUUAUUUCUUUAUCGUUAAAUUUUAAUUCGCAAUCGUGCUGCGUGACGAGAUAAGAGAGUUAAAUUGUUGAAUUAUGCGAAAAGGCACGAGACUCAAGUGAAAAUAAAUACGAUAAUAGGUUUGUAAAAUGGUGUGAAGAGACGAUUCGGAAAAUUGUACAGUAAUAGUUUUAUUUUAACACAAGUUUGAAAAGAAAGUAUGUUAUACAUGUGCGUGAUAAAAUCUAACACAACACAUGCAAUUCUGUAAUUUCUCUCUUAAUUAUUUCUACUGAAUUUUUUAAACCGAGUGAUUACUACGCUAAUGCAAUUCCGGCUUAUCUAGUUUGAUCUGAUUCUAUUCAAGCUUAACUAAAUGCACGGAUUCUAAUGAAGGAUCGUUCUUUCAACCUAAUCAUUUUUUUCCUCGACGAAAAAACGUGCGUAUUAUGUAAAUUAUACACUAUUGAAACUGUCUAUUCCUACUGUUAAUAACUCGUUAGUCUCUCUAGUAUAAAAUCCAAUCAUCGUCUAUGCGUGCAAAAUAAAUUCCAGGUGUAUUGCGGUGCUUGUCAAAUAUCAUUCGAGCUAAGAUUCUGGUAGCCAAUGAAUUGAAUUUAGUCAAAAAUUAAACGCGUUGUCACGUCUUGUCUGUAAUAUAUAUAUUAUCUUUUUUUUUUAUAUAUAAAACUCGUAAUCCAAUCAAAAGACUGCGGAGAUAAAAAUAUCAUCAUAAAAUGUAAAAAUGUUUCGAAGAUACGAUUUAAGUUGACCGAGUUGAAUUCAGAUGAAACAUAUUUUCCUAAAUAAGGAAAUAAAUUGACGAAUCGAGAAUAUUUUUUUUUUUUUCUAGAUUUUCUUGUGGAGCAAUUUUUUUACACAUACAGACGGAAAGAAAGUUUUGUUACCGUAAUCUUAAUACCGAUUGGCAUACCUGGAUUGCUUUUUCUUAUUAUAUUUAUUUUUUUAAAACUAUUCUUCAUCCACUAGACAAAUUUAUCGAAUCCAUCCCGUAGGCGUUAGAUAUAUAAAAAAAAAAAGUAUAUCUAUAUUGUAACGCCAUCAACGGCGAACAAAUUUAACUAGCGACGUAUAACUACUUGAUACGAAACUAUAAUUAAAGAAAGCUGCUGUUCAUUUCCAAAAAAUGAAAAUUGUAACGAAGUGAAAAAUUAAUUAAUCGAGUAACUAAUCGAUCCAAGCAAAAUAUUAGGGACAUAUAUUUUAUAAACUUGGAUAUUUCCUGCGUAAAUAUUUGGAUGCAGUUAACGAUGGUGUUUUGAAUUUACUUUUCAUUACGCGCCGAAAACAAUUGACUCGUAAACGGGCAAGUAAAUUUUAAAAUAAUCAAUUUUGUUACCGUUCCGUAUUAAUGUUAAUUCUUUUUUUUUCACCAAUCAUCAAACAAUUAUUAUUCAUCAAGUUGGAAUUAGACUCACAAUAGUUGUAUGCAUAGGUUAUACUAUAAUAUUGUACGAUUAUAAUUCUGAAAAUCACGGAUCACCUACUAAUCACAUUAUUGUGAAGUUUCGUAUCACGUGACGACUAAUCACUAAACACGGCCAGCAUUAACAAUAUAUUCGUCAAAUUUAAAUUCUUUUCCAAGCGAGUUUGAAGAAAAUAUUGUUACCACUGCCUCCGCCUACUAAUAUCUGCAUAUCGAUCCCUCAAUGUACUGAUGACUAAGAUUUAUACUAACGUACUAAUUAACUUCUAAAAACAAAUUAGCAAUUGUAUAUCGCGAGGAUUUCGCGUCAACUCGACAACCGGAGAGAACGAUAUUUUCAAACACAUUGCACAAAAGUCUUUGACAACGCAUAGAUUCGAGAGUGAACGAUCUGGUGUGAAAUCCCCCGUAUAUGCACGCAUAUUAUAUAAUACGUAAUAUACAUAUUUAAAAAAAAAAUAUCACGCUAUAUAUAAUUGAUUACACAUGAAAAUACUCUUAACUAUUACUACGAUAUUAUUAUAUUAUUGUAGUAUCGAUACGUCGAGACAUUUGUUGUAUGAAAAAUCGACGGUUGGAAAAAUCAAUUUCAUAAUUUUCAAAUUCAAACAGGACUGUUGUUCACGUUCGCUGGAGUCGUUUUAAUUUCCUGCUGAUAUAAGUAUACUCCGUUUUUGGUUGGAAUUUGCCGAAGAAU